CGCCGCGCUGGGGCUGCGGCAGCGCCGGGGCCGCGGCGGGAUGAGCCCUGCGGAGUGAGCGCAGCCCCGCCUGCCGCCCCGCGCCGCGCUCGGCGCCUCCGCCCCGCCCGCCUCCGCGCUGGCUUCGGGCCCCUUCUCUCUGCGCUGCGGCGGGCGGAGGCGGCGGAAGGAGAAGCCCAUGGAGGGGAACCGGGACGAGGCCGAGAAGUGCAUCGGGAUCGCGCGGGAGGCGCUGGAGGCCGGGAACCGCGACCGCGCCCUCCGCUUUCUGGGCAAGGCGCAGAAGCUCUACCCGACCGAGACGGCCCGAGUUUUGUUGGAAGCUAUUAUGAAGAAUGGAAGUACUGCUGGGGGAGGCGCUUACUGCCGAAAACCAGCCAGUAACAGUGAUCAAAGUAAGCCAAAUAGCACAAAGGAGAGCAAUGCAUCUGCUGCAGGUGAAAGUGGAAAAGGCUACAGCAAAGACCAAAUGGAAGGAGUAUUAAGUAUAAAGAAAUGUAAAAAUUAUUACGAAGUCCUUGGAGUGUCAAAGGAUGCAGGGGAAGAAGACUUAAAGAAGGCUUAUAGAAAACUUGCUUUGAAAUUCCACCCAGACAAAAACCAUGCACCAGGAGCAACAGAGGCUUUUAAAAAAAUUGGAAAUGCGUAUGCUGUGCUGAGUAAUCCAGAAAAGCGAAAGCAGUAUGACCUUACAGGCAGUGAAGAGCAAACUUGUAAUCACCCUAGCAAUGGCAGAUUUAACUUCCAUAGAGGUUGUGAAGCAGAUAUUACUCCAGAGGAUCUGUUCAACAUGUUUUUUGGAGGGGCCUUUCCAACAGGUAAUGUACACUCAUUUUCUAAUGGUCGUGCUGGCUACAGCCAUCCCAACCAGCACCGUCAGAGCGGGCACGAGAGGGAGGAAGAGAGGGGUGAUGGAGGUUUCUCUAUGGUCAUUCAGCUGAUGCCUAUUAUUGUGUUGAUCUUUGUCUCCUUGUUGAGCCAGUUGAUGGUAUCUAACCCUCCUUACGCCUUAUACCCAAGAUCAAGUACAGGGCAGACCAUAAAAAUGCAGACAGAAAAUUUGGGUGUCAUUUAUUAUGUCAAUAAGGACUUUAGAAAUGAAUACAAAGGAGUGUCAUUACAGAAAGUGGAAAAGAGUGUGGAAGAAGAUUAUGUAUCUAACGUUCGUAAUAACUGUUGGAAGGAGAGGCAACAAAAAACAGACUUACUUUAUGCAGCAAAAGUAUAUCGAGACGACCGCCUCCGAAAGAAAGCAGAAUCCAUGUCCAUGGAGAACUGCAAAGAACUAGAACGGCUGACCAGCCUCUACCGAGGAGGAUGAGCUACAGUUACACACACAUCUUACCUAUGCUGUUAUCUCUCCUGAAACUGAGAAGAGAUUUAGUUUCACCAUGGAUGCUGGAAAAGAGGGUGGAUGUAAAACUCUACUGUGUAGCUGUUUCCAGAAACCUUAUGCUGAAAUAUCAUUUAACGGCUUCUUUACCUACUGUGAAAUAUAGGUAACUUUAAUUGUUUAGAUUUUACUUCAAAGCUUCUGUGAAUUCUUUCAGCAGAGAGAAUAGCUCAGAAAGGAUGCUAUACUUGUAGAGACUUAGUCAUAGUGGUUCUCCUCUAACAUAUUUGCCAUGUAAAUAUCUGUGGAAAGAACACUUUGUGUAUAUAUGAGUUAAAUGACUUUCUAUUUAAAAAUCUCAGAAAUUUAGUUCCAUACUACAUUUUGUCUCACUGAUGGAAUAAAUAGUAUGAUUACAUCACUCCUAUUCAGAUGUCAAGUGUGUGGAGUUAAAACAAUAAUUUUUAAUAUUUUAUCUCUAACUCUAUGUAAAAUCUUCUAGGUUUACCACUUAGAGGAACUUGGUAUUUUUAAAUAUAAUGGCAUAUAUUCCUAAAUAUCUGUUGGGGUAAAUUGAUCUGGUGUAGAGUAGCAGUUUAGCUGUUGUAGUUUUUUAGCAUUUCUAAGCAAUGCUGAGAAAAAUAAGAACUAUACUAGUCUCUUUUCAAAGUAAAUUUGCAAAUGCUGUACAGACCAUUAUAAACAUUGCUUUUAGUACUUGCAACAGUUUACAGCAGCUCUACCAUUUGGUAUUCCAGUAGUAGUAAUUCCAUAUGUAUGGUUAACAUGCAUCCAUAGCUUCCUUAAUUUUCACCAGAAAGGUAGAGGAAAACAUGCAACACUAAAAUAUUAACACUAAAAAAAAAAGGCAACCUAAUUUUUUUUUUCCUGGCAGGCUUCCAUUUUCUUACAACUUUUUUAUUUCAAGCUAGGUCCCAAUACUGAUUCCUCAAUGGGCACCGCAAGUGGAACAGGGAAAUUUUCCUAAGGACAAGCUAUGUGCCUUUCAACCCUUUUGCCAACUAUUUAAAUGCUUUGCUGCUUUGCAGUGUGCUCCUAUGGUCAGAGCCGUAUCACUUGUCAAAAGAGGUAGGGUAUGUGUUUUUUGGGACCAGAAUGUAGCUGGACUGACUUGGUAGAAAUGAGCAAGCCUACUGUUUGGCUCCUCCAUAGAAGAUCAUGUAACUCAGUGGCCUGGAAAUGGAAACUAUAUGUAGCCACACCUGCUGAUGCAAAGAGGUGUUCUGAAGCAGCUAAGUACAAUGUACUUAAGGUUUAUCAAAGUAUGUUGAAAAUGUUUUUAGGUUCAGUAGCUGAUGUUUUUUACAUUUUAACAGUGUUAUACAGGGGAAUGUUUCUUGUAUUUGAGAAUGCCAGAUAGCUUGUAUUACAGGCAAUAUAUUUUGUUUGAGAAAACUGCUAUCUUUGGACAAUGCUAUCAGUUCAUGUGGAGCCAAAUAUUUCUCCUAAACUGAAAAUUUGAAUACUUUGUCUGACUUCAUUGCAAUUCCUUCUGAUCUACAGCAGGAUAUGACUUUACAAAUACACUAAAUGCUACUACUCUAAGUGACCCAGAAAACAUUUUGCAUAUCCCUUUUCCAAAUUGUCCCAGUGGAAAUGUCUUCUCUUGAAUUGGUGUAACAUGAGACUGGCUGCAGGCUUUUAACUAAGCAGCUAAACCAGCAUUCAAGGUGGACAUAAAAGCCUGGGGCACAAAACAGAAAAAAAAUUGCUGAAACAACAAAAAAAAUGUGUUGCUGUACUGAAUGCCCUUACUAAGGCUAUAGUAAAAGGGUUCAGAUGUAAUGGAAAGGCAUCCAGUUGUUUGAAAUAUGCAAUCAAAAUCUAUGGAGAAAACGAGAUUCCCCAGAUUUUGUAACUGUCCAGAAUGUAUUGUAAUUAUAUUAAUGAAAACAAACUAUCAAAAUACAUCCUGGUACUCCUGUGUCUUCUUAAAAGAAGAAAGUUGUUCCAAAGGCUUUAACAAGUACUUAGACCUUCCUGUUUACAAAUGAGUCUGAGCUUGCAAGUGAUCUUUUAGUUAACAGGAAAAAGGAUAUAUAACACAUUUAUCAAAUAUUGGAACUGUAAAGUCAGAGUGAACAGAUGGUCUUAGCAAAGCUGCCUGUAAUAAUCCUAUGGGCUGUGUCUGUCCUGAAGCCACUUCUGGUGCAGGUGAGAAGUGGGGAAAUGGAUGGAUGCUGAGCUGUGUCAGCUGGGUUCCAUUCCUGUCAGUUCUUCUGCAAGCUGGAAUGAUGUGCUGGCUGUGCCCUAUGGCAACACAGAUAUCCCGUAAGGUUAAAAGUGAGACCUAGACCGCAACAUUUCAUUUGACUACCUUGCAAUUAGCACUUUCUGAAAAGGAAAUAAUAUGUUUAUACUGGUGGAAGUAUGCUGCUUAGAAUUUAACAGAUUAAAUACUUGCACACUUUGAAAUAUGUAGUAAUGUGCAAAAGGAUGCUGUGAUGUCCUGUGGCAUAAAGAUUAAGCUGCUCUAAAUAUGGCCUGCAAACACUCUUAUAAUAUUUCAAGUGGGUGUUUUUCUCUUCAUGAUUGUUGCUUUUUUCCUCAAGUCUGAAGGGUUGUUUUGGGUUUUUUUUCUUCAGAAAUGUCAAUAUCUUCCCUGGAUUUGUUGAGGGAAUCUGCUGGAAAGUACAGAAUUAAUUUUCUCAUGAGCAAAAUGCAAAUUGAAGAGGGUGGAGUACUUAAAUCUUUUCAGAUGACCUUUCUUCAGAAGGAAAAGUUCUCAUUAAAAUAAGAUAUUGGAAAGAAAAGAGAAAAACAACACUGUUUUUGAACAGCCUGACUAAAAAUCCCUCAAGAUUUUAGCUACAUGCUCCUUACUGUUUUUAUUUAGUGAUUACCUUUCAUUUAAUCUAGAGUUAAAGAUAGCACGAGCAUGGGUUCUUGGUUUUAUCCUUUAAAAGGGCACGCAGAAAAGCCUGGCAAAAAGAGAAAAAUCUUGGCAUGACUCUGACAUAGCCUAAUGAAAAAAGGAGGUGAUUUGCAUCUGCUGAAAUAUAACAUCAAUAUGUGUUCUAUUUAUGGAGCAUCCUGAGUCACAAGUGAGUUCAGUGUUCACAUCUGAUGAACAUUUCCCUACAAGUUCUCUGUUUGGGUAAAACAAGUCUAAAUUGGAAUUUUUAACUGUUUUUUAAAUGGUCAUUUUUCUUUUAACAAGUUUCCAAGAAAUGGGAGAACAUUGCAGCACUAAAUAUGUAACAGAUGAAUUUAAAUAGACGUUAGAGACAACUUUAAAUAAUAAAUAUUUUUAAUAUAAUUUUGUAACAAAUGCUGUGAAAGGAUUAAAAUGGGAGGGCAAGAAUAUUUUUUAAGGUUGUUUGUUCAUAAAUUUCAUUCACCAUUAAGCAGUUGUUAUUCUGACUCCUUGUAGCUCUGUCAAAUAGAAGGAAAGUGUAAUAGUAAAAGCAUUUUGAUUUUAAAAAAUACAGGUAAUAUUAAAUAAAUUCUUGAAGCUAUAACUUACUUACACAAAAUAUAAUGCAAUAAAUAUAGGAAAGAAAUAGGCCAUUUGUUGUGGUUUGGGCGCAGCCAUGGAUAAGCACCGUGCAGCCAGCUGCUCUCACCCCCACAGCACGAUGGGGAAAAUUGUACUCAGGUAAAACCUGUGGGUUGAGAUGACAGCAGUUUCAUCAUCGAAACAAAAUCAGAUACCAGUGAUCAACAGCAAUGAAAAGGGACACAAGGGAGAGAGGAAGUGAUGCCCAGUGCAAUUGCUCACCACACUCUGACCCAUGCCCUGCCUGUCCCUGAUGAGCAGUCAGCAGCUCCUGACCAACCUCCCCAGUUUAUACACUGACUAUGAGGGGCUCCAUGGGAUGGAAUUGCCCUUUGGCACACCCAGGUUUGCUGUCCUGGCCGUGCUCCCUCCCAGCUUCUUGUGCACCUGCUCACUGCCAGAGCGUGGGAAACUGAAAAAUCCUGGAUUUAGGGUAAGCACUGCUCAGCAACAGCCAAAGUAUCAGUGUGUUACCAACGUUAUUCUCAUACUGAAUCCAAAGCACAGCACUGUACCAGCUGCUUGGAGGAAAAGUAACUCCUCUCUCCCCGCUGAAAGCAGGACACCAUUAUAAACUAUACUUCCCAUACUGCUCAGUCUGGCAGGAAUUAGGUUUGAGUAUUGGGCUUCUCCAUGUUUUUAGAAAUAAUAUUAAAAUACACUGUUUAGUUAAAAUGUUAUCCUUCAUGUAAGAUACGCUUCUCCCUCCAGUACUGGUUUAUUCCACAUAUAGAAUGACUGUCAUUGGGAUGGGAGAAUAAAUUCCCAUUAAUAGCAAUACAGGAGCCAUCUCAUAGAUGCUUUUGCAUAGCUUUUAUUCAAAAUGUGACAGGGAAAUAAGUAAAAUUGAUCAUUGAGCAUCAUGGCUGCAAAUAAUUUUUUAAAAGUUGCAUUUUUAAACAUAUUUACUGCAUAGUAGGGAAUAUUUUAAUAAAUGAGAAGACCAAGGUUGUCCCAGGUAGCAUUUUCAAAAUACUACCAGAAGCUCACAUGAUGAUUUUAUGGGAUUCUCUUUUAAGUAUCUCUAUAAUAUGACCAAGUCCUUAUCAAAUUGCUGUGUGUGCAUGGCUUGGAUUAAGAAGGAGGUAUGGAUUCUCAGUAUUCAAAUAAAUUUGUUCUUUUGAA